CCUUUGAUUGACGUUCCUCCGGACGAAUCGGCUCUCGAGCUCUGCCGCCGCGGCCAAUGGGAGGGCGUCGUGGGCGGGCGCCGCUGCGAGGCGCUGCCCGGGCCGGCGGCGGUGGGAGCGCGCUGAGCCCAGCCGCGCUGUGCCCCCGCGGGGCAGGAUGAGGCUGGUGCUGGCCAAGCUGCUGUGCCUGCUGGGCCUCUGCCUGCUGCUGCUGCUCGGCUCCCUGCUGCCCGUGCGCCUGGCGGCGGCGGAGCCGGAGCAGGCUCCGCGCUCCAGGAAGCUCCUGGCGCUCUGCAACGCCUUCGGGGGGGGAGUCUUCCUCGCUACCUGCUUCAACGCCCUCCUGCCUGCCGUGAGGGAGAAGCUGGAUCAGGUCCUCAAGCAAGGCAACAUCACCACCGAGUACCCAGUGGCAGAGACCAUCCUGAUGGUUGGGUUCUUCCUGACUGUCUUCGUGGAGCAGCUCAUCCUGACCUUCCAGAAGGAGAAACCUUCUUUCAUCGACCUGGAGACCUUCAAUGCUGGUUCAGACGUGGGCAGUGACUCUGAAUAUGAGAGCCCUUUCAUUGCCCCCUCCCGUGGGCACCACCGUGGGCACCACCACGGGCACCAGGGCCUGAGCCUGCAGGAGCUCUCUCACUCGGGCCCCGUGCGCCUCCUGGGCUUGGUCUUUGCCCUCUCUGCCCAUUCCAUCUUCGAGGGCCUGGCCCUGGGCUUGCAGGAGGAAGGUGGCAAAGUGCUGAGCUUGUUCCUGGGGGUUGCCAUUCACGAGACCCUGGUGGCAGUGGCCCUGGGCAUCAGCAUGGCCAAGAGCUCCCUGCCCAUGAGGGACGCGGUGAAGCUGGCGGCCACGGUCAGCCUGAUGAUCCCCCUGGGCAUCAGCAUUGGCAUGGGCAUCGAGAGCAGCCCCAGUGCAGCCAGCAGCAUCGUGUCCCUGCUCCUGCAGGGCAUGGCUGGGGGCACCUUCCUCUUCAUCACCUUCUUCGAGAUCCUGGCGAAGGAGCUGGAGGAGAAGAACCAUCGACUGCUGAAGGUCCUCUUCCUGCUGCUGGGCUACGCGGCCCUGGCCGGGUUGGUCUUCAUCAGGUGGUGAGGAGGAGAGUGGUGGGAGGCAGAGCUCAGCUCAGCUCCUUCCCUGUGCAUCGGCACCGCAGCUGAGCCUCCUCAGCAGCCAGGGGCCAGGCCGAGGCUCACCGGGCCCGAGCUGAGCCACCCUGGCUGGGGAGAUGCAGCCACAGGGACCCGAGAGAGAGAGAGCAGAAGUCCCUCCUGGGGUGCUCAGAGGGAGGGCACGCAGGGGGCAGGGCACGCAGGGGCAUGGGCAGAGAUGUCAGCAGGGGCUGGCCCUGCCCUUGGGGCCGCAGCUGCCCUUGGGGCCGCAGCUGCCUGUGCUGCGGCUGACUCCACCCAGAGCCUUGAGCCUGCUGCUCAAGCUCAGAAGCUGCUUUCGGAGAGCUCCUCAAGCACUUGGCCUCCCCUGAACCCACACAGCCACCUCCCUCCCCCCCUGCUCUGCCUGGGGGUUGCCAGGCGGUGAGGAGGCAGCAGGGCAGGAGCAGGUAGGCUCCCAGCGCCUGGGCACUGCUCUAAGCUGCUUUUGCAGGCUUAGUUUGGAGCCAGAGCUGCCUGGGAGGAGCUGCCAGAAAUAACCUCCCCUGCCGGGGCUGCUCAGCUGCAGAGCUCCCUGCCCAGCAGCUCCCGGAGCUCCCUGCCCAGCAGCUCCCGGAGCUCCCUGCCCAGCCAGCUCAGCUGCCCCCAGCAGCUCCCGGAGCUCUUUCUCGGUGAUUAAAGGGGGAGGCAAAAGAGGAGCCCAGGCCAAGCUGCCCUCUCUGCCGCUGCCUUCCCUGGGGCCAGGCUCGGUGCGCGGCUCAGGGCAGCUCCUGCACCGCCCCUCUCUGCCGCAGCCCCUCCCGGGGGGUGUUCGGGGGGAGGUUGGAGCUGGAUGAAUUUUCAGGUCACCUCCAACCCGACUCGAGGAUUUUAGAGCCAAAUGCUGCUGCUUUGACCCAGCUCUGCUCCAGGCCAGGCUGGAGGAGCUCUGAGAACCACAGGGGCAGGCUGGCAGAGAGCUCCAAGCUGCUCCAGCCCUGCCCAGGCACCAGCCCAUGGCACUCAGUGCCCAGCCAGGCUUGGCUGCAACAGCUCCAGCCAUGGGCACUGCACCAUCUCCCUGGGCAGCCCAUUCCAGUGCCAAUCACUCUCUCUGCCAACAACUCCCUCCUAACCUCCAGCCUGAGCCUGCCCUGGCACAUCUUGAGCCUGGGUCACCUCCUGUCCCUGGCUGCCUGGCAGCAGAGCCCAACCCCACCUGGCUACAGCCUCCCUGCAGGCAGCUGCAGGCAGCAAUGAGCUCUGCCCUGAGCCUCCUCUGCUGCAGGCUGCACCCCCCCAGCUCCCUCAGCCUCUCCUCACAGGGCUCUGCUCCAGGCCCCUCCCCAGCCUUGCUGCCCUGCUCUGGGCACCUUCCAGCACCUCAGCAUCUCUCUGCAAUGGAGGAGCCCAGAGCUGGGCACAGCACUGCAGGGGUGGCCUGAGCAGUGCUGGGCACAGGGGCAGCAGAACCUCCCCUGCUGUGCUCCACCAGCUCCCGGCAGAGCUGCUGAGGACCAGGCUGGAUGAGGCCCUGCAGCCGUGGUCCAGGAGCUGGCAGCAGGGAGAAGCUGCCCAAGGCUGGGAAGCAGCAUCUUGGCAUCAGCAGUUGGCACAGCUGCAGCAUAUGGAGGCUGCUGGGGCUCAGCUGCCAGCUCCUGGCGCUGGCUCUCGCUAAUUGCUGCAACCUCCCCGAGCUCAUUAAUCUUCGCUUUGGAAGACCUGGAGGGGAGGGGGGCAGGGGGGAGGUUAUUUUGGGCCUCCGAUGGCACAAAGGAAGCGAAUUGGCCUCGG